GUUACUCAUCCCAGUCCCACCCACAGGCUUGGCACGGAGCUUCCGAAGCCCCGUGGCUCCUUAUCGCCUCGAUAAAAGCAGCGUGUUUGUGCAGAGAUCUGCCUGCUCCCGAGCUCCCAGCUGCCUCUUCUCCCUCUCUGCUCCUGCCUCACCUCAGCGACACAAACUGGGCCCAGGGAAGAGGGGAAUAUCCCUGGAAUCCAGAAUUCCCCGGGAUAAAUGGGCCUCCAGAACGCCAAGCCCUCAACCAAGGGGGCCAACGUCGUGAUGCUGGGGCUGGACUCCGCGGGGAAAUCCACUCUGCUCUACAAGUUCAGGUCUAACGAUGCUUUUAUAACAACGCCAACGAUCGGCUUCAAUGUGGACAUGAUUGAGGCAGGGAAAGAUUUCACACUGACAUUCUGGGAUGUUGGAGGACAGAAGAAAAUGAGAGAGCUCUGGAGCAGUUUCCUGGAAGACGCCGGCGCGCUGCUGUACGUGGUGGACAGCUCUGACAAGCGGCGGCUGGAGGAGUCCAGGAGGGAAUUGGAGCUCAUUUUAAAGAAUGAAUGCAUAAAAAACGUCCCGGUGGUGGUGCUGGCGAACAAGCAGGAUUUGCCUGGAGCUCUGAACGCCGAGGAGAUCACCAGGAAGCUGAAGAUGAAGAAGCACUGCAGUGACAGGAACUGGUACGUGCAGCCCUGCUGUGCCACCACGGGAGAGGGGCUGGCAGAAGCUCUCCAGAGGGUGGCCACGUUUGCCAGGCAGUACAAGAAGUCAAAGGAGACUUUCAUCACCCUGAAGGAGCUCAACUCCUUUUAAGGAUUUCUGUCGUCACUUCUGGUGACUCUUUGUUGGACAGAUUAAAUCUGGAAUACCAGAUUCUGAAGAACUUUUAUACAUAAAUAUUUAUAAAGGACUUUGGUGAUAUUAAAUUCUGCUGUUGUACCUGCAGAUACUUGAUAUACCUGAUGGGGUAUCUCGUACCUGAGAUAAGACUUUGUAGCAUUUUAUUAUUAUUUUUGUAUUUAUUUGGGUUUAUUCAAGUUGAAUGAUGAGAAAGGGGCAGUCAAGCACAUGGAAAUAAAAUAGGUGAGUAGUGCUUAAGUGGUUAAAUCAAAUGAAGAGUCAAAUCAAAUUUUUUCAAUAUGUAAACCAGCCAAGCCAUUUGCUGAGCAGUGAUAAAUGCUGUUUUGUAAUAAAUGCCAUAGAUGUGUUUCUUAUUUAAAAA